AUGACAAUGAACCACCGAGAAGCAGACUUUUCCCCCUCUCUUUUUCUUCAAAAACGCCAGUUUCCCUUGCCGCCUUUUCCUCGACGCGAAAGAGAAUCUACUAAUACGCCCCAUGCCGCCAACACCCAGCAUCGUCCUGGCAGAACCCCCUCAUCAAAGCACAUGACGUUUCCCACCAUGUCCUACUUUCUGCAAUCUCCCAUCUUUGCCGCCCCAGCUGCGCUACAGCCUCUCUGGGUAUCCGCGCCUUCGUACACCCUCGUGCCACUGCAGCCUGCUGCGGCAGCUCCCCCCAGUCUGGUAAUCCAGCUACGCGGAGCCUCCAGCACCGGCACAGGUGCCUCAGUCCCGCCCAACCCGGUAGUCCAGAUCCGCAGCGUCUCCAGCACCGGCACCGGCGCCGGCACCGGCACCGGUUUCACCAUCCGCAUCGUGCUGUACAGCCACGCCGGACCCUCGGACGAGUGGUGGUGCCGCACCGCGCUGGCCUCGUCAGCCGAACGGCCCACCAGGGAGCGUCUCGUCGCGGAGAUUGCCCGCUUGGCCGCGCGGCACGGCAUCGCGACGUGGAGGCAGGCCACGUUGGUGGUCAUGCGGGACUCGUCCGUGCCGCGAAUCACGGACGAGGUGGGGCCCGUCCGGGACGAGAAUGUCGCUCGCCUUCUCGAGCUUGGAGGGACCGACGGCGACGGCUGCGACGACAACGACGACAACACGGUGGAGCAGGCGAUGGCCUGCGGCCCGGCGUCUUACCUUUACGUCUUGGCGGGUGGCCAGCGCGGAGGGCGGCGAUGA